AUGCCACAAACAAGAGUUCGUAAAAAGUCUUCAAAACAACAACAGACCUUACGACAAAAACAUAAGUUACCUCCUGAACUUAUUACUGAAAUAUUUGAAAAUUUAUCGGGAGGACUCUUGGACGAUUCUCCAGUUUAUGAGUCAGAAGUACCUAAUGCGAUUGAAAAUCAUUUAUCAUCAAAUAGAUCAGAUCUUUAUAACGCCUCCAUGGUAUGUUCGGUCUGGCGUCAAAUAGCAAUACCUCGAAUAUGGCAAAGAGUAAAGUUUCAGCUUCACGUAAAACGAGAUUGGGAGAAAUUUUUUCAAUGGCUUAUUCAAGAAGGUUAUGGUAAAUAUGUCAGAAGGAUUCAAGUAGAAUAUGAUUAUGAUCCAAAACAGGAGGAAACACAAUUUACAUUGGAAGAGAAAUUUAAUGGUAUUGUAAGAUUUGCUGAAACGAUACCAUGCUUACACGCUUUUGUCGUUGGUUUCAACUCUAUUACUUCGGAUCAUAUUUCCGUAGAUCUUCCACCCGUGAUGGAUUCUUUCUUUUCUAACAUAUCGAAAUCAUGUCAAUCCGUUCAACGAGUUAAGAUACAUACAUCCGGAUUGCGUGGUCCCAAUAAUGAUGAUACACUUUAUUUACCAUCCGUUAGUAACCUUAUUUCAACGAUCACUGGAACGGUUCGAGAGAUCGAUUUGAUGAUGCAUGUUGUGAAUCAAGAAACUAUUGGGGCUCUCCGUGAAUGUAAGAGAAUAGAUCGUGCAUUAGUUCACUGUUGUAGUUGGGGAGAUACUCCUGGGGAUUUUUACACAUUAUUAAAAUCAUGGAAGAAGAUUAAGAACCUUCAGAUUGAACCACCACAUAACGUAGAUUGUAAUUGGGAGACAACUUAUGCAAGAUCCCUUCAAUACUUGGCAGAUAAUUGUGGAGAACAAUUAGAAGAAUUAUGGAUGCCAUUAAGGGAAGAGGAUCAGAAAUUAUUUUGUAAUCUUGUGGAGCAUACACCAAAUUUGAAAGUUUUGGCUUUAGAAGGAAGGGAAUUUGAACAUGAUGGACGUUUCUUGGAUGUUGUAGCAAGAACCACGCCGAAUCUUAAAUAUAUUCAUUUAUCAUAUUUUCCAGCUGUCACAGGAAAAGACGUUCGAGUUAUCAACUGGGAACGAUUAGUACAAGUUAAUAUAAUGUGUUGUGAUGAAUUGGAAAAGCAUUCAAAAUUUUUCGAUCGUGUCAAAAAAGAAUAUUGUCCCCAGCUUGAUAUUCAUAUAUAUGAUAAGGAUGGUAAUGUUAUUGAGGAUUGA